AUGGCUUUCACUUCAAAAGUUUUACUUAUACUCUCAAUUUUAUCUCUUAGCGAACAAAUGAAAACCAUUCAGAAAAUAACGGAGAAUGAGAAAAUAUUGUUGAAGAAAAUAUUUCGGAAAGAUAGCUACGAUUACUCGUUGCCUUCGGAGUUGCCCACUACUAUUUUACCGUUUAUGUUCAUCGAUCAUAUUGAACAACUUGAUCAAAAGCAGCAGUUAAUAGAAAUGCAUUGUAGCAUACUAUUUCAUUGGAUAGAUAAAAGAAUUGUUUGGGAACCACAAGACUAUGGAAAUGUUGAAAGAAUCGUGCGAUACAAAGGUGAUUUACCAAGAAUGUGGUUUCCGGCAGUUCAUUUUACUGAAUUGUAAGU